AUGGUGUCCAUUGAUGAGGUCCGAAAGAGCAAUUCUCAGAUUACUAGUCUCUAUGGUACCAACUUGGUUGCCGUUUUUGUAAUCCCUGGAAAUUUCGCAGUCGGUGGAACUAGCGGAAUUGGAGAAACCACAGCCCGCGCAUUUAUCUGCAAUACAAAAGCCUCCCGGGUCUACUUGAUUGGGCGAGAUCAGGAGAGGGCUUCACGAAUCAUCGAAGAACUUCAGCAACUGGAGCCGAGCGCCACAGUUAACUUUAUCGCAACUGAUGUCUCGCUACUACGGGAGGUGGACAGGGCUUGCCAUGAAAUUCAGCGUCAGGAAGAUCUGGUAAAUAUCUUGUUUCUGAGUCCAGGAGUGGGAACCGCUACGGGGCGAGAUGAAACCGACGAAGGACUGGACAAAAAGCUGAAUCUCCAUUACUACUCCCGAAUGAGGUUUAUUGCCAAUCUACUGCCCCAAUUGACUCCUGCGAAUGCAAAAGGAGAGAAAACAGUCCCUUCGAGAUCACGUCUCUCACGCGUGAUCUCGGUACUGGAAGCAGGCGGCGAGGCCUCGAUCGAUUUUGACGAUCUUUCUCUAAAGACAAAUUAUUCGCUACGCAAUUGCGCGAAACAUGCGAUCACCAUGAAUUCCCUCUCGAUGGAAUACCUCGCCGCCUCAUUCCCGCGAACCGCUUUCAUCCAUUCCUUUCCGGGCAUCGUUCGAACACGCCUAGGGCGCGACUUUGGCACCUUUACCACACUGGGACUCAAUGCUUUGCUGUUGCUGGCUAAGCCGUGGGAAAUACCGCUGGCAGAAAGUGGAGAGAGACAUCUUUACGCGGCCACUUGCCCGUUGUUUUCUCCUAGGAAUGGUAAUAAGCUUCUCGAUCUGGCGGAAGGGUCGGAUGGGAAUCUUGGCAGUGGAUUUUAUCGGCUGGCGUCGGACGGAUCGACGUAUAAGUCAAGCAAGGUGAUGCAGCGGUAUCGGGAAUACGGGAGUACAAGCCAGAUAUGGGAUCAUACUCGGGGGGUCUUUGCAAAGGUCCUCGUAGAGAAAAGCUGCUAA